AAUACCCUAAAUAUGGUCGAGAGAGUAUCAGCAGAAAAUAUUCUCCCUGAUGAAAAUCGGGUGAAAUCACUUGUCAAAAAGUUGCACUACAUUUUUAAGCAAUUACAACGGUAUAUAUUAACGAUAUUUUAUGAACGAAUUCUUAUUUAACUGGAUUCUAAUUUUGCAAUUUUUGAUAUUUUUAAUUCUUAGCCAAUUAUUUCAAGGAUCAUAUAUCCUUCGUCACGAGAAAGGUGAAGCUUAUGCUGUAGUUUAUAAGAGCGUUGAAACUGCUGAAAACUACUCACUUACCAGCUCAAAGCUUACUGAGAUUGACCGUGAAACAAUAUCAUUUGUGCCAUUAGUAUGGAAAGGUCUACAAGCUCAGAUUAGAAAUACAUUUCCUUUUAGAACUGAGCAAACUCGAGGCCCACCCCAAAAAAAAUCAAAAAAGAAGUUCAACGUACCAAGCGAAAAAUCAAAAUCAAGGUCAAAAUCAAAAUCGAAAUCAAAAUCAAAGAAAAGUAACGAAUGUGAUGAUCUGCAAUAUAUUGCAGAUCAUAUAAUCAAGCCGAAGAUUUAUGAUUUGGAUAAUAUGGAAGAAUCGAGUGGUUCUUCCGCACCUGAUUUCGCCACAUUAUUAAAUAAUUUUAAAAAAUAAAAAUCAUUUACGUCAUAAAAAAUUAGUGUUAUUUUACAAUGUGACAAUGUGACAGUUUCGAAUUUUGGUCAUGUGAUAAGUGACACAAAAUUUUUUACCAAUCAUGCAAGUU